AGAGAGGACUGAGGGCUAGUUGUGGUUUGACCAGUUCAAGAGUUUUGGGGAGUGACACCUUCUCUUCCUACACUCCAAAUUGGUUGUGUUUUGGGGGUGACCAUGGUGAUGAGAAGAACAGGGCACAUGAGUCCCUUGCCAGCCUCCUCGGAGUCCAGCAGCCUGCCUCCCAGAGAAUGUCCAGCAGAGCCCCCAGGGUCCAGAUUGGAGAGUGGUCCCCCCAGCCCAGGGCCCAGAGGCUGGGGAUUCGAAGAGUCCCCCAGUUCCCUCAGGAGGGUGGCUGCUGCAUCAGUGACCGCUGGGGAGGAAACCUCUGAGGAAAAUAGAAUAAUUAGAACACAAUUAAACCACAACCGAGACUUGGACUCGGGCUCCCAGGUCUUGCAUUUUGGAGAGAGUGGAGAAGUUUGGGAGCCCUGUCCACCACCCUUGGGCUCGGCCUCCAGCCUUCCUGCCGACAUGGGCUCCCCGGAGCCCGCCCCUGGAGCCGAAGGCGCAGUAGUCCCCCAGCCUGGAAGCCCCUGGGAUGGUGCUUGCUACUGGAACCCCGUGAUGCCAGUUCAGCUACUGAUCCCCAACAGACUGUGGGACUUCGUGCCAGGAGUGGACCCUGCGCCAGCAGCCGCCCCGAAGAACAGCCCUCCUGCCCCAGGGGCCUGGGGCCAGCAGGCUCCACCCCAGCUCUUCAUGCCCCGUGCCCGCUCUCCAGGCCUGUAUUACCCCCUGCAACCACACCCUUUCUCCCUCAGGGGGGCCUCCCCUGCCAGCUGGCUCUCACUACCAGGUUCUCUGCUCAUCCCAAACCCAUUGGCCAUGGUGACCCACUGGCCUCUAGCAAACCCCUCGGCAUUGGCCAAUCCAUACUCAAAUCCCUCCAUCAAUCGUCAGGCCAACACACGCCCUCAGUCUCUGUCCUCACGUUCCCCUCUUGGUAACUAGGCAACAGCCCCAUUUU